UUAUAUAUCCGAGGAGACUCGCUUAUUUGUAAAUGCGUGCAGUGCGCAGUUAUUAACGGAUGUACUUUUCAUCAAGGUUACCGAUAUAAUGAUAUGAAAUUUGUACAUUAUUAGUCCGUGGUUUGAUAUAAAAAAAUUGUGUGUACGUAGAGUGCGUGUUCGCGUUUUCCCAUCAUGAUAACCAUAAUAUUAACUGGCGUUGCGCUCAGCUUUCUCUUCUGGUAUUUUUUGGUUAAACCAUUACAUUAUUGGAGAGAUCUGGGCGUAAAACAAAGCAAACCGUGGGUGCUUUUUGGUGACAAUUGGGUCACCGUCUUUAGACUAAAAAGUUUCGAUGAAAUGCUAGUGUGGCUUUAUAACAUGUAUCCUAACGAACGAUAUUUUGGUAUAUACCAGUUUUAUCUGCCAGCGUUACUCAUUAGAGACCCAGAGCUUAUCAAACAAUUGACUGUCAAAGAUUUCGAUCAUUUUACCGAUCACAGAGGUUUUAUUGAUCCCGAAUCCGAUCCGUUAUGGGGCAAAAACCUUGUAGCUUUGAAAGGACAAAAAUGGAAAGAUAUGAGAGCCACUCUGUCCGCCUCUUUUACGAGCAGCAAGAUGAAAUUCAUGUUUCAUUUGAUAGACGAAACGUGUGAAAAUUUUGUCCACUUUUUUGACACAAAAAAAGAAGACCUUAUCGAACUUGAUGUAAAGGAAACUUUCACCAGAUUUACCAACGAUGUUAUCGCAAGCGCAGCGUUCGGAAUUAAAGUUGACUCACUGGCGCAACCCAAAAAUGAAUUUUACUCUAUGGGAAGAAAAUUAACCAAUCCUUCCGGUUUUAAAACGAUCGUGAAAUUUAUAGGGCAUCUGAUUGUGCCUAAAUUAUUCCGCAUUCUUGGAAUAACUAUUAUCGACAGCAAGCUGUCAAAAUUUUUCACCCAAAUCAUCACCGAAACGAUUAAAGCUAGAGAGGAAGGGGGAAUCGUCCGUCCGGAUAUGAUUAACCUUCUGCUGCAGGCCAGGAAAGGGGUGAAACACGAUGCCGGUACAAAUAUAGAUACUGGAUUUGCCACCGUGCAAGAAUUCGACUUGGAAACAUCUGCGAAGCCACGCCUAGAUCUUACAGACCAAGACAUUACGUCGCAAGCGGUCAUAUUCUUCCUUGCCGGUUUCGAAACCGUUGCCACAGCUAUGUGUUUCGCACUACAUGAACUGGCAUGCAAUCAAGAUAUCCAGCAAAAACUUCGCGAAGAAAUUACAAAGACUACAAGCGAAUAUCCAAAAAUUACUUACGACGGGCUGCUUAAAAUGAAAUAUCUGGAUAUGGUGGUGUCUGAAGUAUUAAGAAAGUGGCCACCUGCAAUCGCAACGGACAGAGUCUGCACUAAGCCCUACACGAUACAGCCUGUUAAUGAGGAGGAGAGAGCUAUACAUUUGCCGAAAGGCGCGGCGCUUUUUCUUCCAACGUUCGCCAUACAUAGAGAUCCGGAAUAUUACCCAAAUCCGGAGAAAUUUGAUCCCGAAAGGUUUUCAGACGCAAAUAAAGACAACAUCAAGCCCUACACUUACACGCCAUUCGGAUCGGGACCUAGAAAUUGCAUCGGAUCGAGAUUCGCCCUUCUGGAAGUGAAGGUGAUGUUGUAUCAUCUCCUGUUGAAAUUCCAAGUGGUUCCGACUGCGAAAACCCAAAUCCCGUUGAAAAUGAGUAAAUCUUUCAAUUUUACCGCUGAAAAGGGGUUUUCGUGCGGCAUCAAACGCAUAGGGAAUAGACUUUAAGAUAAAUAAAACAAUAUUUAAAAACAAA